AUGGAUUCCAAUGGUAUUUGCCCUACGCUCCUCCCUGCGAGUGCCACUAUGCGUACGAGUGCGAGUGCUGCCCUCGUCGCUUCGAGUGAUGCGAUGGCGGCUCCACCGACUUGGCACCCACCCAAUCAUGCUCUCCUCCACGCUGACAGCCAUCAUCUUUUUCAAGGCCGAUCGUCGCAGCCUCCCGGAUCCUUGCCGGCCUGGGACCCGGCCGCUUUGCUCCAACCGGGUCGCCGAGCCACGAGCGCCGUCGACCUGAGAGCGACGGGUUCGAACCAUCCGCUGCUUGCCCAGCAUCAUCCGUCGAGAGAUCGCUCCGGUGGUGCCGCGAACCCCUUGGUCUUCCAGUUUGCGACGGCCGACGAUUCGUCCGCCAGCGGCGCGCCCAGCGGCACCUCCACCCCCUGCAGCAGCGACCUCUCGGCCUCGAACGGCGUUGGAACCUGGGUCGAACGCAUGAACCAUGUCCAGAACCGCUCCUCCGUUCCCCAGGCCAAACGCCGCAAGACCGAGGACGGCCAGGACUUUGCCGCUAGGGCCAACAAUAUCCCCGUUCGAGGUGGAGGCGGUGGCGGCACAGGCAUCGCCGCCAGCUACCUCAACGACAAGCGAGAAGCGGCCGCUCAGUCCUCCUCGACCGUCGACUUGACUGCCGGUAAGCGCUCAUCCUCCACUCCGUCAUCUUCUUCCUCCUCUCGAGCUCUCCCUCUCGAGCACGACGCAGGACUAGCCCUCGCUGACGGCUUGUCCCUGCCAGCCAACGAUGACGAGGUCAUGAUAAUCACCGAUCCCAAGGACGAGGAGGUCUGCUAUGGCAUGAUUAAGAGCGCCAUCAACUGCUUCAAGGUCCCGGCCCCGAAACCUGGCAUGCAGAGUCUCUGGGGCCCAAGCUAUCAGCCGGGCAUCAAGAUCAAUCUGAAGCGUCAGGUUGGCGAGGUGUCCCUCAAAAUCCAAGCGGCGGAUCACACCCGCGAUAUAGUCGGCCUCGUCGAACCCACUAGUGCCGCCGCUUUCUGCCCCCUCCUCGAUACCAACAUCCGUCUGAGGACCGAAUGUCGGAUCCCGCCUCAGCCCAAGCGGGCGGGUGAGGAACCCGGCCGACCCAUCUCGCGCUCCUAUCCCCUCGACGUCACCAUGUAUGGCCCGAAAAGGUACGCCAAGAACGUGGGCAUUCUGCUCCAAAAGUACAGCUUGAAACUCCUCGCGCCCUCCCUCGUUCAGAAGGGUAUUCAGGUCUACAACCCGCACACCACCCUCUACUGCCCACCGGCGCCCAAGGCGUACCCGCCAGCCUCCCAGACCUCCUUCGCGAGCAUCGCCAACAGAACGGUCGAGGAGAUUCGCUCCGAAGUCAUGGGCGUAUUCGAUUCGCUCAAGAGGAACGAGAAUAUCCCUACCAUGGACCCCGAUCCGACCAUCAUGACGCCCUUGCUCGAGCAUCAGAGGCAAGGACUGUACUUCAUGACGAUGCGAGAAAAGGCCCUGAGUGAGCAGGAGAGCGAGAGUAGCAUCACCACAUUUUGGAAGAUCAAGCGGAACGCCAAAGGCGAGCAGGUAUACUCCAAUGCCAUCACCGGACAGGAGCAGCGCAUGGCCCCUCCCGAGACGCGCGGCGGAAUCCUCGCCGACAUGAUGGGCCUCGGCAAGACCCUCAGCAUCUUGUCGCUCAUCGCGAGCACCCGCGACGAUGCCCGGAAAUGGGCGCUCCUCAGCCCAGUUCAGCGCCCGCCUGCCGACCCAAGGCCCAUCCGGGAUGACGGCCUGAUGAUGCAGCAGCAGUCCACCUUUGACCCCGCCCCCGUCGUGCACCAAGCCAAGUCGACCUUGAUCGUUUGUCCCUUGAGCACAAUCACCAACUGGGAGGAACAGAUGAAGCAGCACGUCCAACCCGAUACUCUCUCCUAUCACAUCUACCACGGCCCGAGCCGCAUCAAGGACCCUGCCAGGCUCGCUUCCUUUGACAUCGUCAUCACGACCUACGGCUCCGUCUCCAACGAGCUCAGCUCCCGUCGGAAGGGGAAGGACGGUGUCUUUCCCCUCGAGGAGAUUGGCUGGUUCCGCAUCGUUCUCGAUGAGGCCCACAUGAUCCGCGAGCAGUCGACCCUGCAGUUCAAGGCCAUGUGCCGACUCCAGGCCGAACGGAGGUGGGCCGUCACGGGCACCCCCGUGCAGAACCGACUCGACGACCUGGCUGCCCUCCUGGCCUUCCUUCGCUUGCAUCCCUUCCACGACCGGCCCAAGUUCAACCGCUACAUCGUGGAGCCGUUCAAGGCCUGCGACCCGGAGAUUGUGCCCAAGCUGCGUGUUCUCGUCGACACCAUCACCCUCCGCCGCCUCAAGGACAAGAUCAACCUGCCCCCGCGCGAGGAUCUCGUCGUCAAACUCGACUUCGGCCCCGACGAACGCGCCGUCUAUGACCUCUUUGCGAGGAAUGCCCAGGACCGCGUCAGGGUUCUUGCCGGGGGCAACAUCGGAAAGGCUCUGGGAGGAAACACCUACAUCCACAUUCUCAAGGCCAUCCUGCGCCUCAGGCUUCUCUGCGCGCAUGGCAAAGACCUCCUCAACGACGAAGACCUCGCCGCCCUGAGAGGCAUGUCGGCGGAGAUGGCCAUUGAUGUUGACGACGACGACGACGCUGGUGGGCCGACCUUGUCGCAUCAAAAGGCCCACGACAUGUUCUCGCUCAUGCAAGACACGAACAACGAUGCCUGCAUAGAUUGCAGCAAGAAGCUCAACGCGAGCGAAGGACAGAGCCUGGACGCGGAAUCUCAAGAUGAAAUUCUCGGCUACAUGACCCCUUGUUUCCACGUCGUCUGUCGCUCAUGCCUCAAGGGAUAUCAGGAACGAGCCGAAGCUAUGCGACACCCGAAUCGGUCCACAGGACCAUGCCCCGUCUGCAACUCGCCGGUUCGCCUCGAGUUUGUGGAGCUUCGCCGCGACGACGUGGACGCCGAACACGACGGGCCUGCCAAGAUCAAGGCCAAGAACGCGCGGAAGAAUGAGGAUAAGUAUGAAGGUCCUCACACAAAGACGAAGGCACUGCUCGAAGAUCUCAUGAAGUCGAGAGAAGCCAGUGCCUCGAACCCGUCCGAGCCCCCCUUCAAGUCCGUCGUCUUCUCUGGCUGGACAUCGCACUUGGACCUCAUUGAGCUGGCCCUCGGCGCCGCUGGCAUCUCGUUUGCUAGGCUUGACGGUACCAUGUCGCGCGCCGCUCGCACGGCGGCCAUGGACAGCUUUCGCGAGGAGAACAGCGUCGAGGUAUUGCUCGUCUCCAUCAUGGCCGGCGGUCUAGGCCUCAAUUUGACGGCCGCCAAUAGCGUCUACGUCAUGGAGCCGCAGUACAACCCGGCGGCCGAGGCGCAGGCUAUUGAUCGCGUCCACCGGCUCGGCCAGAAGCGUCCCGUCCGUACGGUUCGGUACAUCAUGCGGGACAGCUUCGAGGAGAAGAUGCUGGAGAUUCAAGACAAGAAGAUGAAACUGGCCAGCCUCAGCAUGGACGGCCAGAACAGGAGACUAGACAAGGCUGAAGCCGCGAGGCAGAAGCUCAUGGACCUGCGCAGCCUCUUCAAGUGA